GCAGAUUCUUGGUACUCGUCUAAACACAACUGCGGAGGAACAUCUCAGGUCUCUAACGCCUCCCAAAAGCUACGUUGCCCAUCGGUUCUGUUACCAAGUUGUGCAACUAUUACGUCGCAAGCUUAAUUUCAGUGUUGACCACAUCAGGGCAGCCGAUUACGGUUUGGAAGCGAUUGGGACCAACUCGACGAGAGGAGUCGUUGGCCAACUGCAGCAAAAUUUAGUUGAUUUGGCAACACUUCCGUUGGCAUUGAUGACGGAGCGGGUAGGUUCGUUUGACCAAACGGUGGCGAUUGCCGAUAUCCGGUUCAUGACCGUGUUUAGACACCCGAAAAACUCUGGAGUGAGAAACAUAUUUUUGAGUCCCUUUGAUAACCUGGUGUGGAUCGGAAUAGGCGUGAUCCUGCUAAUGUCGGCAUGUGUUUUGUCGGUGGCUUAUUUGGUUAAAGCCCAUAAUGGAUCGUCGAGGAUAUCGCAAUACUUUACAAUUAUCGUUGGUCUGUUUUGCCAACAAGGCUAUCAUGGCAAAAUGUCCAUUGGUUCUUCGAAGAUAACGAUUAUUACAGUGAUUGUGUUUUCCAUACUCAUUUAUCAAUUUUAUUCGUGCUUUUUCAUUGGAUAUUUUCUACUGGCACCUCCCAAAACAAUCAGAACACUGGAGCAGUUGCUUGCCAGCAAUCUCAAGGUGUCGAUAGAAGACCUCGCCUAUAACCAUUAUUAUUUUAAGACAACUAAUAUAACCGUUGCUCAAGAAUUGUUUAAAAGGAAAAUCGUUCCCAACAUGUUUGGUUUUGCUAAUGUUAGUGUGGGAAUAUCUUUGGUGAAACGUGGCGGGUACGCUUUUCACUGUGAUACAACAUAUGGAAAUAAUUUAAUAUUGGAAACCUUCACCGAGCAUGAGAUCUGCGAGCUGCAGCAGGUGGAGCUAUUUCCCAUGAGACCGAUUCACGUAAAUUUACCAAAGGGCAGUCCGCUCAAGGAACCAUUUCGUGUAACAUUGAGAAGAUUUAUGGAAGUCGGUGUGAUUGAGUACUAUCAGAGAAAGUUGUUUAUACAAAGACCCACUUGCGUGAAGAAUAACAGAGCAUCGGUUCAGGUUAAUUUCGAAGACGUGAUUAUUUUGUAUUGGAUUUUAUUCGGAGGAUUUGUUGUUUGUGUUGCAGUUUUGAUAAUUGAAGUUGUCGAGUUUCGCAUAAAGGAAUAUUUUGAAACGAAGGAAUUUGUGAAGAAUUAUAGGGGCUGGAUUGACUGA